AUGACAAAAAACCAAGCUAUUGACUUUGGACUAAAAUCAAUCCCGAGGAUUCUGCCGUUGGAUGCUGAAUCAAUCAAAGAACUAUGUAUUAGCAUUAUAAGCCAGUCCAAUGGUGAUUCAGACAGAAUCGCAGAGGAUUUUUUAAACAUUAUGGGCCAUAAGGACUCAUCUUUUGAGUUCGUAUUACAAUUUAUUGAAAAAUUAUCUUUGACAGCAGAUAGCUCAUCUAGGAACGAUACGGGUAAAGGUAUGAUAAGUACAGAACAACAACAAGCCAAAAGGGCAUACCACAAAUCGCCACCAAACCCUCCAUCUGAAAACAACGCUAUUGUUACUGGGGUAGGAUCUACUUCAGCCUCUUCAUCAACAGAUAGGACGAACAAGGUAGCAAAUAAGCCAAAGAAACUGACUUCCAAACUCCAAAGUCUGCAAGAAAUAGAGGAUGCAUUACACACAUUAGAGCUUCAGGCUUCAGAUGGUGGUUCUUUGGAUUCAUAUAGUUGUAAUUGUCAAGCAAGAUUACAUCCACUUUUCAAAAUAGCUCCUAAUUGUUUAAAUUGCGGGAAAAUCAUAUGUUGUAAAGAAGGAAUACACCUGAACAAUUGUACAUUCUGUGGAGAGGAUCUAAUUCCCAUGAAUGAGCGUCUGAAGAUUAUAGAAUUAUUAGAGGGUGAAAGGGAGGAAUUAAAUUCAAAGAAGUCAACUUCUAAGAUACCAAAAAAGAAGGAGAAAGUAUUCAAACUGAAUAAUGAAAAGGGUAGGAAUUUAUUCCGUGAACAAGAGAAACUGUUUGAUCAUCUGGAAAGGGAAAAGGAGCGUGAACGCAAGCGCAUACAAGUACUAGGCAAUGAUUCCAAUGGUAACAUAGCUCAGGAUAAAACAGCUGUAGCACAAAGUGAAGUUGAUGAGGAGUUAUUCGCUGCACAACAAAGAUUGGAAAAACUUCUCCAUUUUCAAGACACUGGUGCUGAAAGAAUGACAAUUAUAGAUAAUGCAAGUGAUUUCAGCAUGAGCAAUGAUGCUGGAAUUUGGGGAUCAGUCCAUGAGAAAGCUAUGAUUUUGAAAAAACAACAGCGCAAUUUAAAAAGAUGGGAAGAACUUGAAAAGGCGCGUACUGGAAGAGGUAAAGUAGUUCUAGACUUGACAGUUGGUAAUGAUGGGAAAGCAUAUUUAAAAGAGGUUGCCAAAGAAUCUAAGGUUGUGAAUCUAUCCUCUGAUGACGAACUUGAAUGGAUUUCUGAUGAGGAAGAUUUGAAAGAGAUGAAAGAGAUGAAAGAGCUAAAGAAGAAGAUUAACGAAGAGAAAGCAACGCAUACUAGUAAACUGAUGACGGAAGUUUGGAAUUAUGAGAGGCAUCAAAGUCAAUUCAAAAAGCCAAUAUACAUAGGGAAAUCUCCCACCGCUACAAUAAACGAAACACAGGAGGAACCUGCAAACCUCCUCUCAAAGAAUGUACCAAACCGUGUACAGAUUGGCGAUACUCAAGACACUUCAUUGGAGGAGGCUAUUUUAGCUGUUUUAUGA